CUGGGCUGGGCUGACUUAAUUACAAAGCUGCAGUGAGUUGAUGCCUUGUGACGGUCUAAUCCCAACCCGGUGACUCUACAAAGCUUUCUCCCGGCUUCCUCGCUGCUCCACUCCGGCCUCGCCAUCCCCGCUUCCAUCUCAGCUCUGUGCACUGACCUGCUGAGGACAGUUCAGCUUUUCCUCUUCCUGUGUCCUGCUGCCGACAGAAGACAGAGGACAACAUGUCUGCAGUUACGGGCACGUUCCGGAUCGUGUCGGAGGAGGAGCAGGCGCUGCGCUCCAAGCUGGAGCGCCUCACCACCAAGGACCACGGCCCCGUGUUUGGGAGGUGCGAGAAGAUCCCCCCACACACCCUGCAGAAGGCAAAGGAUGAGCUGAACGAGACGGAGGAGAAGAGGGAGGUGGCGGUGAAGGCGCUGCGGGAGCUGGUGCAGGAGCGGGCGGGCGGCGAGGACAUUUGCCAGAAGGUGGCUGAGAAGGUGCAGGAGAGGGACGACUCCUUCUUGCUCCGCUUCAUCCGUGCUCGCAAGUUCGAUGUCCACAGAGCCUAUGACCUGCUGAAAGGCUACGUGAACUUCCGCCAGCAGUACCCCGAGCUGUUUGACAACCUGAGCCCCGAGGCCGUGCGCAGCACCAUCGAGGCCGGCUACCCUGGCAUCCUGGCCAGCAGGGACAAGUACGGACGGGUGGUGAUGCUCUUCAACAUCGAGAACUGGGAUUACGAGGAGAUCACCUUCGAUGAGAUCCUUCGUGCCUAUUGUAUUAUCUUGGAGAAGCUGCUGGAGAACGAAGAGACCCAGAUCAAUGGGUUCUGCAUCAUUGAGAACUUCAAGGGCUUCACCAUGCAGCAGGCAUCAGGGAUCAAACCCUCCGAGCUCAAGAAGAUGGUGGACAUGCUGCAGGACUCCUUCCCAGCGCGGUUCAAGGCCGUCCACUUCAUCCACCAGCCUUGGUACUUCACCACCACCUACAACGUGGUCAAACCGUUCCUGAAGAGCAAACUGCUGGAGAGGGUCUUUGUGCAUGGCGAGGAGCUGGAAUCCUUCUACCAGGAGAUCGACGCUGACAUCUUGCCAGCAGACUUUGGUGGCAACCUGCCCAAGUACGAUGGCAAAGCAACUGCAGAGAAGCUCUUUGGGCCUCGCAUCGAAUCUGAGGACACAGCUCUCUAAAGCAGGAGCCUGCUGCCCUCCCCUGUACCACAGCACCUGAGGUGGCCCUCUAACCCCAGCCACCUCCCUCCUGUAGCAUUGGUUGAGUGACUGCUCGUGCUGAAGCACCCUGGGCGCGUUGCUCCACGCCUGUCCCUCCUGUCCUCGCUCCAGGCAGAGGGCUGUCCCUCCCAGGCACAGCAUCCUUCCCUCCAGAGCUGGUGGAGAAAGGAGGCCACCAGCCCUCUCCCACAGCAUUUCCUGGAGCUGCGAGGGGAGGACAGGAGAAUGUCUGCUCUGGG